AUGUUUAAUCGAGUUCGGGUCCCGGAAAUGGGACGAAUUUGUAAUUUUAUUUCUUAUCGCAACCUAUCAACUAGUAAAAUUUUGAAUAUCAAAACCCCUUACUGUAGCAGAUGGAUUAAAAGAGUGGAACGAAUGAACCGUAAUAGGAAGAUUGAAAAACCUACAAAAUAUUUAGAUUCCAUACCAGAAACUGAAGUUUUUACGGAAGAAGAUGUUAAAAAACUGUCAAUAACACCCACAAAACCAAUAUGGAACACAAGAAGGAGUGGAGUUUUGGCAUAUAAAAUUGGUUGCAUGUCACUUUGGGACGAUUGGGGAGUUCGACACGCAGUCACAGUAUGCCAAGUCGACAGAUGUGUAGUACUGGAAAAAAGAACAAUAGAGAAACACGGAUAUGAAGCGUUACAACUCGGACUAGGAUAUAAGAACAUAAAACAACAGUCGAAGCCAAAUAUCGGAAGAUUCAUUAAACUGGGAACGGGAUCAAAGAACCAUAUUGCAGAGUUUAAAUGCUCAAGUGACUGCCUUCUCCCAGAAGGACAUUAUUUCAGUGUCAGACAUUUCACUCCAGGCCAGUGGGUUUUUGUUUCAGGGUGGUCCAAAGCCAAGGGUUUUAAAGGAGCAAUGAGAAGAUGGUCGUUUGGAGGCCAGAACCAAAGUCACGGAACAGAAUGUAAAGCCCACAGCGCACCAGGCUCAAUUUCUCAGGGCAAAUCCGUACAUAUAGUUUGGAGAAAUACUAAAAUGGGUGGCCACGUUGGUCCCGAUCCGAGAGUAACAAACUGCAGAGUAUUUAGAAUUGAGACGCAUAGAAAUUUGAUAUUCUUAAAAGGCGCAAUUCCUGGCGAAAUUGGAAGCGUAGUUAAGAUUAGAGACGCUCUAGGGAUAAGUGCUAGGAAAAACAAAGGACUUCAUAUACACUAUCCGACAUUCUUACCUAUUCCAAACCACCCUUAUCCAGUGACAAUCCAGGAACCUGUGAAUGAAAGGGAUCCUUUCCUGUUCCCAGAAGAUCCAAUGUAUGACUUUAAAUCCAACAAAUAG